UCUAAGGCACAUCGACAGGAGUCGCGAGAGUUCUCUUGACUUCCGCUCUCUCCAUUUCGUUGUUCCAGAACAUGCUGUCAUUCAAGGAUGUGGCCAUUAAUUUCUCUGCAGAGGAGUAUGAAUGCCUGAACUCUGCUCAGUGGAGUCUGUACAGGGAUGUGAUGCUGGAGAAUUACAGCAACCUUGUGUUCCUGGGUCUUUCUUUCUCCAAGCCAUUACUGGUCAGAUUUCUGGAGAAAAACCAAGAGCUUCGGAAUGUGAAGAGUCAAGCAGCAGCUGUGCGCCGAGGAAAGAAACCUUAUAAAUGUAAAGAAUGUGGCAAGGCCUUCGCUAAGAACUCAAUUCUGACUAAGCAUCUGAGAAUUCACACCGGAGAGAAACCCUACAAGUGUGAUAAAUGUGCCAAGGCCUUUUCUGUGCCUUCCAUACUUAAUAACCACCAGAAAGUACACAGUGGAGAGAAACCCUACAAGUGUGAUGUAUGUGGCAAGGCCUUUACUGUGCCUUCCACACUUAUUAACCACCAUAAUAUUCAUACUGGAGAGAAACCCUACAAGUGUGACGUAUGUGGCAAGGCCUUUUCUAUGCCUUCCACACUUACUAACCACCAGAAAAUUCAUACUGGAGAGAAACCCUAUGAGUGUGAAGUAUGUGGCAAAAAGUUUUCUAGUCCUGCAGACUUUAAAAAACACCAAAGAGUUCACACUGGAGAGAAACCUUACAAGUGUGAGGAAUGUGAAAAAGCCUUCAGUAAUCUUUCAGCCCUUAGUAGACACAGAGUUGUUCAUACUGGAGAGAAACGUUACACCUGUGAAAAAUGUGGCAAAGCCUAUAAUAGGAGUUACCACCUCAAUCGACACAAGCAGGCUCACACUGGACAGAAAUCCCACAAGUGCAAAGAAUGUGGCAAAAUGUUUUACUAUGCUUCGGGCCUUAAAAGACAUCAAAGAAUUCAUUCUGAAGAGAGACCCUAUGAGUGUGAGGAAUGUGGCAAAACCUUUCCCUGUCCUUCAGAUGUUACUCAACAUGCAAGAACCCAUAAGAGAAUGAAGCAGUACACCUGUGAAAGAUGUGGCCAGUGCUUUACUGUUCAAACGACAUUUUCCAAUCUCCGUAAAAUUCGUCUUGAGGGAAAACCAUCUGAGUGUGAAAAAUGUCGAAAGAGCUUUUAAAGGCUCUUAGUAAAACACACAAAGUGCUCAGACAACUACCUGCAAAUGUGAAAGAUGUGGGAAGAGCUUUUAAAGG